AUGCACCUCCAUGGCUUCACGACAGCCGUCCUGCUGGCCGGUCCGGCAUUGUUGGCGGCAGCAGCUUAUCCUAAUGACACGUCGCCAGCGCUGAUGCAAGAACCAUUUUACGAUCUCGCCAAUGGUUGCCCACCCUGUCCACGGUGUUUCGACUGCCACUACGAUGAGUUCAAAUGCUUACAGUAUGCGAACUGUAGCAGUGCGAACGGGAAAUGCGUAUGUCCUCCUGGCUUCGGAGGAGAUGAUUGUGCCCUGCCGUUGUGUGGGUCUUUGGCGGAUGGGAAAAACAGAUCACCAAGAAAAGGAGACCAGUGUGAAUGCAAAGAGGGUUGGGAAGGCAUCAACUGCAAUGUCUGUACCUCUGAUCAAGCCUGCAACGCUAUGAUGGUCCUGGGGGAGGGUGGCGUAUGCUAUCAAAAAGGAGUACUCGUACACGAAAAUUUUCAGGUUUGCAAUGUGACGAACAAGGCCAUCUUGGAUCAAAUCGAUCCGAGGAUUCCCCAGGUGACUUUCUCCUGCAAGGCGGACGACGCCACUUGCAACUUCCAGUUCUGGGUCGAUCAGAAGGAAUCGUUCUACUGUGCUCUGGAUGAAUGCUCAUGGGAAGCGCACGACACUAAUGUUCGCAACACGACAAAGUAUUCAUGCAAGCACGUAAAAUGUUCAUGCAUUCCGGAUCGAUUUCUAUGCGGAGAGGAUGGAUCCGUCAACAUUGACGAAUUCCUGGAACAAGAGAUCAAAGGACCUGCUUCCUUCUACUCGCAGCACACGUACGGUGGAAGCUCCAAGGACGGAAGCAGAUUUGAAGAGCCGGCCAUGAACAAUUUGAUCUCGAUGAUCUUCGGAGACGAAUAUAUCUCUCUUCAGUGCCGAGCGGGAGAGUGUCUAUACGAGACCGAUGUGCCAGGGUAUGUUCAACCCAUCAAGGAGAUAAAUACGCCCCUGAUUGCCGGGGUGAUUGCUGGUUGCGCUCUUUUGGUUGUCGCUGUGACGCUCAUAUCAUGGUAUCUGACUCGACGAGCUGCUUACAAGAGAUGGGGCGCUAUCCGAUUGGGCGAAGGCGCCGAGGAUGAUGCCGCAAAGUCAAUGAUCAACCAUACCCCGAUGGCGCUACAGUUUGAGAACGUGUCUUACAAUCUCAAAGGAAAUGAGAUUCUGUCGGGCAUAUCAGGCAUCGCUCAUCCCGGGCAAAUCACCGCCAUAAUGGGUGCCUCAGGAGCGGGCAAGUCAACUUUUUUGGACAUUCUCGCUCGUAAAAACAAACGAGGAACCGUCUUGGGUAACAUGUACGUAAAUGGCGAAAAAAUAUUGGACGCCGAAUAUCGGAACGUCAUUGGUUACGUGGAUCAAGAAGACACUCUCCUGCCAACCCUGACGGUCCAUGAGACCAUUCUCACAAGCGCCCUCUUGAGACUUCCUGCUGAUAUGGGCCAUUCGGUCAAAGAACAGAGGGUCAUCGAGGUGAUGCAGCAGCUCGGCAUCUACCACAUCAAGGAUCACAUGAUUGGCUCGGAAGAAGGAAACGGUCGAGGCAUCUCAGGCGGUGAGAAAAGACGAGUUGGUAUUGCCUGCGAGCUGGUGACCAGCCCCAGCAUCCUCUUCUUGGAUGAACCAACAAGUGGGCUCGACGCGUUUAAUGCGUUCAACGUGGUGGAGUGUCUAGUGACUUUGGCGAAGACAUACAAUCGAACUGUCAUCUUCACUAUUCACCAACCUCGUUCAAACAUCGUCGCCUUGUUUGAUCAACUUAUUCUGCUUGCCAAAGGCAAGACAGUGUACUCUGGGCCGUUCUCGACUUGUCAAGCAUAUUUUGACCACGUUGGAUACUCCUGUCCCCCCGGUUUCAAUAUCGCAGAUUACCUGGUGGAUCUUACAAUGCACGCCAGUCUGCCACACUCGCCCAUAUUUGACGACGCCCCCCGAGAUUUGUCGGAGCGUGAUGGACUAGGUACCGAAUCAAGCAGCACCCGUGCUGUAAAAUCCAUUGCCAGCGUGUCGAAUGCCAGCGUGGAAACCCCCCACGAUCCGUCGGCUCGAGUUAAACCCAAGCGUCGCAUCUCUCUGAAGCAAAAACAAGACCGUCAAUUGUUCACACGCAAGAAAACGGGCAGCUCGACUCCCCCAACACCCAAGACCGAUGAUGAAGACACCGUGGUCGGAAGAGCAACUGGGAGCAUGCGAAGCUGGUUGCAGAUGUCAAAGAGAGACGGAUCCAACCCACCGCCAGUUCGGGAAGAUCCCGAUGAUUUGCCUCCAGAUGUCAAUACGGAUCUAGAUAUUCUGGUGACCAGCUUCAAGAAUUCCGACGUAGCUCAGACUACCCACGACGAAAUCGCCGCUUCUAUCCAAGCUGCUUCCGCGGCCAAUGGUCACAGCACAGAAAACACCACUCCCGAACCUGUGACGGGCUCCAUCAAAGGAUUCCGUCGCGUCAGUCUUCCACGACAAUUCCUCAUUCUUUCCAAGCGAACCUGGCGAAAUCUCUAUCGAAACCCCAUCUUGAUGCUUACCCACUAUGCCGUUGCCAUCCUCCUAGCGGUAUUGUCUGGUUGGCUCUUUUAUGGGGUCACAGAUGAUAUCGGCGGUUUCCAGAACAGACUCGGUCUCUUCUUCUUUUUGCUAGCCCUCUUUGGGUUCAGCACCUUGACGAGCUUGAAUGUGUUCAGCUCUGAGCGGCUGAUCUUUGUCCGAGAAAGAGCCAAUGGGUAUUAUGCCCCGAUCACAUACUUCUCUGCCAAGGUGAUCUUCGAUAUCGUCCCGCUGCGGUUAAUUCCACCCAUCAUCAUGGGCAUUAUUAUCUAUCCGAUGUCUGGUCUUUUACCACAGUGGGGGACAUUUUUUAUUUUCAUGUUGAUCUUGGUGUUAUUCAACCUGGCCGCUUCGGCCAUCUGCCUGACGAUUGGAAUUGUAUUUAAAGACGGGGCCGUGGCCAAUCUGAUUGGCAGCUUAGUGAUGCUUUUCAGCCUGUUGUUUGCUGGUCUCUUACUCAAUCUCAACCAUGACUCUGUACAAUUGGCGGCACAAUGGCUGCAAAUGUUAUCAAUCUUCCACUAUGGUUAUGAAGCCCUUAUUGUCAACGAAGUGGCCAAACUUCGACUGAAAGACCACCGAUAUGGACUCGACAUCGAAGUUCCUGGAGCCAGCAUUCUCAGCGCUUUCGGGUUCGACAACUUGGCCCUGUGGAGUGACGUGAUUGGGUUGGCGGUGUUCGCCGGGGCAUUCAUUAUCAUCGCGUAUGGGGCGAUGCAUUUCUUGCUCGUGGAAAAGAGAUAA